AUGGCGCUCGCGCGAGGGAUGGAGAUGAAAAUCUCCCGUCGAUGCCCGCGCGUGGACGCGCGCGCGAGCGGGCGCGCGCGCGCGCGGGCGACGAUGACGAUUCGAACCUCGACGGGGGGACGAAGCGCCUCGAGGUGGGAAUCGAAACGUCUCGCGGUCGUCGCGAACGCGAACGGACGCGGACGCGGACGACCGAGCGCGGAUGCGGAGGGAUGGGGCGUGACGAACGAUGGACGAUUGGAGCGAUCGCGAUCGAGGACGUACGGUGAGGUGGAGGCGGAUGGCGCGCGAGACGCGGAUGAGACGCGGGCGACGGAACGGGCGGAGCGACGAGCGAUGCGAACGCGGUCGAUGGAGCGUCGAGACGAGGCGAUGAUGACGGCGAUGUCGGGAGUGUUUGCGACCGCAUGUGGGGUCCUUCGGUUCGGAUUGCCGGCGACCGGGGGGCUGGCGUGCUGGGCGGCGGCGGCGGCGAAUUCGGGCGAGGGACUGCUCGGCGCCCUCGGCGGGGCGUUGCUCGUGGGCACCACGCUCGGGGUGUGCGCGAUGAUCUUCGCCGUGAUGAGCGCGACGUUCAGUGGGGUAGCCAUGGCGUGGAUCAUGGUGCGACGGUGGUUGAAGGCGGCGCCGGGGAUGCGACGAAGCGCGUCGCGAGGCAGUCGUUCCCCUCCAGCCGGGCGACCGAGUCGGGACUACGACGGCGGUAAUGGUGACGGGCGCCGAGGCCCGAAUCCGGGACUAGACAAGAGCAGGAGCUUCAGCUACGGUGACUGGGAUCCCAUCGUCCCCGUGGUGGAUCCGCGCGCGCCGGAGAGAUUGGGGAGCGUCCGCGGCGAACAAGGCGCGCGCGAUCCCAGGCAGUGGGGGACGCACAAGAGGCCGGCGGACUUCAGACGCGAGAAUCGCGAUCUCGAGCGCCGAAGCUCGAUACGUCAGGACGAAGACGACGAUUCGCUCGGAUCGAGCCAAUGGAGAUCUCGUGCGGCGUACAGACAGGCGGAGGGAUUCAGCGACGCUUCGCUCGUGGGCACAGCGGCGGCGCAAGCGGAGACCGCCGUCUGGUCGAAUCCGCACGAAGAGGUGAUAAAGAAGUUCACGCCCAAGGAGCGAUUGUUACCUCCGACGCCUCCCAAGCCCAAACACGCGCACAUUCCGACGGAAACGCUCAUCGCCAUGGGCGGCGCCUCACUGCAGUCGCACAUCGGGCACAACGGCAAGGAUAUUUUGAGCAACGCUCGAAAGAAUCGAGCGUCGAACGUCACUCGCACAGGCUCCGCGAGCGACACUGUGGUCAAGGGCAUGUUCGGCUUCGACGUCUCUGUUCCAGAGAUCCCCGAUCAACAGCAACAGUCGUUCGCGAACGAUGGCGACGACCAAGCGGCAGCCAUCGCGCGAGCGCGGUUCGAACACAACUUGUCCUCAUCCUUCGAGCGACCGAGGAGAGAUUUCGAAGCCGAAUUUCUCAACGUCGUCAUGCAACGAGACGAGAUCGAUGAAGACGAAGAUGACACCAUGCGCAGUCUUCGCGGCACGCGGUGA